AUGGUUUGUAUUCGCCCUGCAGUUCUGUCAGACCUGCCUGCUAUGCAGGAAUGUAAUCUCAUGUGCCUGCCGGAGAAUUACCAGAUGAAAUAUUAUUUCUAUCACAUACUGAGCUGGCCACAGCUGCUCUAUGUUGCUGAGGAUACGAAUCGAAAAAUUGUUGGAUAUGUGUUGGCCAAGAUGGAAGAGGACGCGGGCUCGGAACCACCCAAUGGACACAUCACGAGUCUUGCAGUGCUUAGGUGA